ACAUUGUGUGAAAACAAAACAUAGGGUCCUAACAACCAUACCUUUGACACUGGUUCAGUGUUUUUAGUUUCGACAUCUUUCCCGACUGCGUUUCAAAAUGCCACCGAAAAAGAAAAAGGGCAAGGGAAAGAAAAAAAAGAAGAAGGAUGAGAAGACCGAACUGACGAUUGAGGACAAGUACAAGAGAACUAUGGAAGAAAUAGAAUGUCUCAAGGAUGAGCUCGCUGCAAGAUCUGAAAUUGCACGAAGGUCCAAGAACACUGCAGAUCGUAUGAAAGAAAGAAUGAGAGAAGCAAAGGAGGAAGUUGAAACUGAGCAACAAAAUAAAUUGGACAUUUCUUCAGACCUUACUCGUCAAUACAAAACGAUGCAGUCUGAGAUGGCUCUUAGGAUUCACAUGCUGGAGCAGACCGUGAAUAAGCUGAGGGAACAGUUGGCUUCUACAGAAGAAGAACUGAAGAAGACAAGGAAAGAGAGGGAUGACAUCAGGCGAGAAAAAGAUGAAAUCAUUGCUGAACUCCAGUUUAAAAUUGAUCACAUGGAAUCUGCCUAUGAAAGUGUGCUCCAUGAUGCUUUUGAUAGAAUGGCUAUUAAAGUUGAAGAUGCCAGAGCACGAUGGGAGAUGGAAUCGUCAGAAAUACAGGAGAAAAACAAACAGCUUCUUCUGGAAUUUGGCUUGAAUCCACUAGAAAUUUAAAUUAUCACCUUCAGAAGAUCUUUUCCCUUCUAGUUUAAUUGGUUAUUAGUCUGUAGAAUGUAAGCUUCAUUUGUAGAUAGUUGAAGAACUGGCAGAUCAAUUAUCACAAGCUUUCUAUAUAGUUACAUGAAGGUAACAAUGAGACGACAUUAUGUACAUGAACAUUUUAUUUACAGUACCUGUAGCCUAUACAGUCACUUUCACCCAAAGUUUCUACAUUGCACAACUUAAUUGCAUUAAAUAUAAACAUGGAAACAGUCGCAUGAAAAUUAUAAUGUUUGUGUUUUGAAACUGAAUUAUUGAAAAUCUUAAAUAAUGUAGAUGUACCUUACUGGCAGGAGUGAAAACAGAAAUAAAACAAAACUUUUGCAUCUUCACAUAUAGUGAAAAUGGCAGCAAUAGUCAAAGAUUCAUUACUCACAUUACUUCUCACAAACACAAGCCAA